AUUAUGUAGUGAUUUUCAAAAUAAAUAUAAACGACGUGGCACCGCUGUUUCACAACAUCCGAGGGUCACCAUCACCGCCUUCCUUGAGCGCUCUUUUUCCCCUGGGCGACCACCUGCCUUACUCACUUGCUGCCUCGCCGAUUGCGAUCAUACUCUCAAAGCUAAAUUUUCUGGGCACAUCCUCUGUUACAAUUAAAAUGGUGGUGUUCACUGCAACUACUGCCAGCACCUUUUUACCUCUAUCAGCACCGGUGAAAACAAGGGGCCUAAACAACAGCCAAAAUCAACAAACAAAUUCUGGUCCUGUCAGGGUUUCCAUGCAGACUCAAUCUUUUAAUGCAAAAAGAGGACAUUUUAAGGUUGCAGUAUCCGGCUCAGUUACACGAUUACGACCUAUUGAAAGGAGAAUAAAUUUGAACAGAAAACAGUCACCUUCUAUUAUAUAUGCUGCUGCAAUGCAUGCAAGAUGUGCUGCUUCCGGGCAAACUCAAACCCUUACCAAUAAGGCACCUGGAGUUACCAAAGCUCCUCAAAGAGAAACAAACAAGACUCUGCGACUAGAUGAUGGCGGACCUGGAUUCCCACCCCAUCGUGGUGGUGGUGGGGGAGGUGGGGGAGGUGGUGGUGGAGGAAACUUCUCUGGUGGAUUCUUCCUUUUCGGCUUUCUUGGUUUUCUAGGUUAUUUAAAAGAUCUGGAGAAUGAGCACUCCCGGGAAAAUAGGAUGUGAUGAAAAGGAAAAGUAAUUAUUAUUUGAAAUCAAUUAUCUUUCAGGCCCUUCAAUUCUUUUGUUUAAUGUGCUGUGUUCUUUUUUACUAUCUAUAACCACAGAAAUACUUAAGUUGGAUAGUAUAGUGUUCAACCAGAUGGUAGCUGAGCUCUUGAUGAAAAUACUAAAGCGUGAUGUUUUCUCA